GUUGGAUUGUUAGUUGUAAUAACAAUACUACUUAAAACGAAUCACAUGGAUUUAAUUGUAGGGAUUCUGCGGUACACACAUCUGUCUCCAGCUGAGCUUAUCGAGGACGAUACCUUGAGUGUGGGGCAGCGGCAUCACCGUUGGGUCGCUUGGUCUGUAGCGGAAACCCUAUAUUGCCGACAGGACCCUUUUAGCUUUGUCUUCGGACUCAGCGCCUUCCUUCCCGUAUUCAUUAUGAUUUUCCUUGCUGGGCUGGCGAGUGCGCCCUCCACACAACGGGUGCCGACACUAGUGCUGCUCCUUGGGCUGGUCUUUAACACGGGGCUGAACAUUGUCAUAAAAAAGGUCGUACGUAGCCCACGUCCAGCGCACCCUGCCGCGGCGUACAGUGUUUCCCAGGGUAUGCCCAGCAACCACGCUCAGUUUAUAUGCUUCUUCAUCGUGUAUUUACUUCUCAAGGCCAAGCCCGGGGCGGCACUGCAUGUACCUGGUAACCCUGAGUCUGCCAAACGGAGCAACUUAUGGAAGAGAAAUAGAAAUGGUACAAAGGGUAAUAUGCCAUCCAUAAGCUCGAGGGAAUCAAUGCCCUUGGAGGGGCCCUCGCCGUGCCUGAGGCUUUUAUAUCUUGUGACAGGGACGGUGGUGUGCGUCGGGAGGGUGUACAACGGACAUCACACUGUAGCACAGGUAUUGGUAGGGGCAUUGCUAGGGCUAUGGAUGGGAAAUGUGUGCACGAUGUCUAGUGUUCAACAACUUUUAGCUGUCAUUGCGGAACGGUGUGUGGUGCCUAUAAUGCUAGUAUGUAUCCAUUGGAUCCAGUGGAUCGUAUAGAUGGUAAGUUCUCAUGUUAGCCUCACAUAUCCGAGAGGAUAUUGUGGCACUAAAAUAUAUUGUGGAAGCUGUUUUAUCGCAAAUGACAGGUGUAUUGAAUCCCCAAGAUGUUUCUUGGUAAGAAUG